AUGGCGUCCAUCCCGUGCACCUUCCAGCUGAGCACGGCGGUGUCGAGGAGGGUGUCGCCGCGGGCGGCGGCGCAGGGGAAAGGCCAGGGAGGAGGAGGAGCGGGGCUGAGGACGCCGCUGCUGGGCGCGGGCGCGGGGCGGCGGGGCCUGGGGUGGCUCCGGCCGUCGCGGCUGAGCCGCGUGGUGCCGGCGAGCGAGAGCGGGCGUGUGGGUCCCACGUGCUGGUUCAAGUUCGGGAACAAGGACGCCGAGGCCGCCGGCACCUACGGCAGCCAGGCCCGGGACGACUUCGACCGCGACGACGUCGAGCAGGGACGCAUUCGCAUCCUCUGUGGAUCGCAGAGCAAAUCUAAACCCGCCGUGGCGACGGCGAUUGGAUUGUGGUUGCAACUGCAGUACUUCAACUACAUGGGGAUGCUGGCGGUGGAGGGCACCUACGACAAGAUGGAGGCGCUGCUGAACCAGGACAUCCACCCCGUGGACAUCCUCCUCAUGCUGGCGGCCUCCGAGGGCGACCGCCCCAAGAUCGAGGAGCUGCUCCGCGCCGGCGCCAAGUUCGACGUCAAGGACGUCGACAGCCAGACGGCGCUCGACCGGGCCACCGACGACACCAGAGAGUUCAUCCUCGGCUUCGCCGCCAAGAAGGCCUGA